GAUCAUUUUCUUCCAUAGGUCUACACAACGUGAGAAGCAUGCCGAAGUCAAAGAGAGACAAGAAAAGUAGUUUUUUUAUGUCAUUCAUCCAGUAGAUGAAGGGUAUAUGUAGUCUAGUGUAUUGCUUGAUGUAACAGUUCACGAGUAAAGCAUGUAUAGGGUAUGUCUUGCAUCAAGAGGUGAAAGAGGAGCCAGCUAGCUAGCUAGGAAGUUAACGUUAGCUACAUAGCUAGCACCAGCUGUGGAGAUACGCUAAUAACUAGCUAGCUAAUUAUGUUUACCAAGAUAGCUAAUGCUGAAAAUACUUUGUUGUCCUGUAUGUAUCAAAUCUGAUUGUUUGCCUUUUUCACUUCCUCUUCAGUUUCACUAACAAAAACAGCCAAGAAGGGGCUGGAAACCAAACAGAACUUAAUAGAAGAGGUAACUACGUCUACUGAUGCCCAUUCAAUUCUAGCUAGCUAGUUGUUUCCUGUCUGACAUAGGUAUCUAGCUAAUAAACGUUUGACUAAUAGUAUGUAUGUCCAUGUCUUUAUAGUUGCGGAAAUGUGUGGACAUUUACAAGCAUCUGUUCAUCUUCUCUGUGGCAAACAUGAGGAACAACAAAUUGAAAGACAUCAGGACAGCCUGGAAACACAGUCGGUAAGGACACACACAACACAGGUCUAUGCAGCCUGGUUCUCAUUACUCAGACAAAUCUAAUUGUCAGACCCCCAUGACGUGGUAUGCAUAUAUGUAUGUGCAGUUGACUUGCUGGUUUGACAAUGAGGUGAUGUUUUUCUUCUCCUUCAGAUUCUUUUUUGGCAAAAACAAAGUAAUGAUGAUUGCUAUAGGGAAAGGACCAACAAGCGAGUACAAAGACCACUUGCACAAGGUAUGCUAUAUUUGUUGUGAUGGAGUCAUGUAGACUCAUGAGUGAAGGUCUUGUAAUUUUGGUUGCACAAAGACACUUUGCAAGGAGUUUAAUUAAUGUUGUUCUCUGUUUAUUUUGUAGGUCAGCCGGUUUCUGAGAGGAGAAGUGGGUGUGUUAUUCACAAAUAAAACCAAGGAAGAGGUACAAGAGUAAGUAGACCUAUGUCUUGCAUUUCUGUUAAAGAUGUACCAUCAUUUAGAUUCAGUCCAUUUUUGUGUUCAUCUGGUGCUGCGGCUGAUUCCUUGUCCUCCAUGGUAGUUUCAUAUAAGUUGUUUUUCUCUUGAUAAAUGUUUUUCAGAUAUUUCAGCCAGUUCAAAGAGAUGGAUUUUGCACGAGCGGGAAACAAGGCAGGGAUGGCCGUAACACUUGAUGAAGGACCCCUGGAACAGUUCCCUCACUCCAUGGAGCCACAGCUGAGACAGUUGGGACUCCCCACAGCACUCAAGAAAGGUGAGAACCUGUCUCUGAUGUUCAGUGAAACCUUUUAUAAGUAUGUAAUGAAAGGAUGGCUGUGACCUCCCUCUAGUGACCCGUUUUGUUUAAUUUAAAGUAACUUUUUUUUAAUGCUUCAAACUUCAACAUCUGAUCUAACAACCCAAGCUCUUCAAUAACUAGUCAAGUUGACUUUUGAUUACUUCCAAAGGGGAAGGAUUACAUUUACAUUUACAUUUUAGUCGACGCUCUUAUCCAGAGCGACUUACAGUUAGUGAAUACAUUUUUUUUAUUUAAUUUUUUUUUAUACUGGCCCCCCGUGGGAAUCGAACCCACAACCCUGGCGUUGCAAACGCCAUGCUCUAUCAACUGAGCUACAUCCCUGCCGGCCAUUCCCUCCCCUACCCUGGACGACGCUGGGCCAAUUGUGCGCCGCCCAUGAGUCUCCCGGUCACGGCCGGCUGCGACAGAGCCUGGAUUCGAACCAGGAUCUCUAGUAGCACAGUUAGCACUGCGAUGCAGUGCCUUAGACCACUGCGCCACUCAGGAGAUUAAAUGUUGCAAUUGUUUUGUUGUAGGAGUGGUGACACUACUGAAAGACCAUGACGUGUGCAAAGAGGGAGACACACUAACCCCUGAACAGGCCCGUAUUCUGGUGAGUUCUAAACCUUUCCCCCAGUCUACACCUGAUAGGCCUAUGAGACAUUCUGCAAGUCCACAGUUGCUAGAUGCUUCCAUAAAUGGCUAAUCAAAUUAUAAUAUUUUCCCCAUAUAGAAACUCUUUGGGAUUGAGAUGGCUGAAUUCAGAGUGCAGAUCAAGUGCAUGUGGAACUCUGAAACGAGCGACUUUGAGAAGCUAGCUGAGGAAGAAGAGGAAGAAGCCAUGCAGGAUAAUGAUGACAAAGAGGAGGAAGAAGGGGAUGGGAAAUGAAUCUGGAUAGACCAAUGGACUUCUCAGACCUUAGGUUUUUAAAACUGUGUGACCUGUAUGUUUUGAUGUCUCAACAAGUGUUUCUUUUUUGCCUAUGAAAUGCUUGAUUUCUGAGGCACAAAUUCACUGGCAAUGUUACCCAUGGAAUCUUGUGUACAUACAUAUUGUGCUUUAUACAUCUUUUUUUUUUGUCCACUCAAAUACAAUAGUACAAACUAAAACAGUAUGCUUGGUUGUGUCGUAUAAAACAUCCCACAAUUUUUUUUUUAGUGGGAAUUGUUUAUGCAUGGUAUAGCUUUGUUAAGCUAUGUAAAAUCGUUACCCACAUCAUGAUCCUUACAAACGCACCGGCCAUGGCAGAUCAGUGUAUAAUCAGUGAGGAAAAAAUACUCCCAUUGUUCUCCAGUUUAUUAAAGAAAGUUUUACCCUGAAAACGCA